AGGAUCAAGGUGCUUACUUCAAAACGAGAAAUAUCUCCCAAGAUAUUCUUGAGAGAUUGCAAGACAUGACUCAGGAUUACGCAAGAGGUGCUGCCAUGUUUUCGGACGAUUCUUCUGACGACGACUCAUCAUCAGAAGAGGAGGACGAUAAAGAGAAAGAGUUUGAAUGGGGUGAAUUAGAUCAAGAUGCUGUUUGGGAUACUCAGCAGGAAUUUGAAGAAACCUCUCGCAUUGCCGUUUGUAACCUCGACUGGAAUAACAUCAAGGCCGUUGAUAUUAUGGUGGUGUUCCAUUCUUUUUGUCCAAGGGGUGGCUCUAUUAAGAAAGUAUCCAUUUAUCCAUCUGAAUUUGGGAAGGAACGCAUGGCCGAAGAAGAUCGUUUUGGACCAAAGGAACUGACCUCAGAAGCUUUGGGGAACAAGGGCAAAGUCAUGAAUGACAAUGACAUUGACUUGGAUAAACUUGAGAGAGGAAAACUUCUCUAUAGAGGAGCAAAAGAGAACUACGAGGCUCUUCGUCGGUAUGAAAGAAAUCGUCUCCGAUACUACUAUGCUGUAGUGGAGUGCGACUCUGUUGACACAGCAAAAGUCUUGUACAGCGAGUGUGAUAGGCAGUCUUUUGAGAGAGCUGGUGUUUAUAUGGAUCUAAGAUACAUACCUGCUGAAAUGUCCUUUGAUGAGGAACCACAUGACUUUUGUGAAGACGUUCCAGAAUUUUACGAAGCAAAGCUCUUUACAACCACAGCAUUGUUCGACUCCCAGCCCACCUUAACUUGGGAUCAGACAGAUCCUCACCGGCAAAAAGUCCUUUCAAACGCCAUGAAGAGUGCUAUGUCAGGAAAGGAAUAUAAUGAGAAUUAUUUAAAGAACUUCAUUGCUUCGAGCAGUGGUGAAGAAUCAAAUUCUGAGCAAGAAGGGGAUUAUAGCAGUGAUGAAGGGGAAACCAGUAAGCAAGAUAGAAUUGCCAAUUUCAGGGCUCUGCUCCAAGAAAUAGACGAAAAAGAAAAGAAGAAGAAGAACCGCUUUGAUAUGGAAGAAGUUUUUGGGACCGGGGCAAAGGAAGAUUCUGGUGAUGAUGACCAUGAAAGUGAAGAAGAAAGCGAGAAGGAAAAUGACCUUAAUCCGUUUGAAAAAUACUUGGAAAAGAGAAAAAAUAAAAGGAAGAAAAAACUGGAGGACAAAAAAGGCGUUGGUGGCAGUGAUAACGAAUACUCUGACGAUGAAGUUCCUGGUGGUAUGGAGGACAUCAGGAAUGAUCCCUUCUUUGCUGAAGAGAUGGAGGAGAGCCCAAAGAAGGGAAAGAAGGACAAAAAGAAGAAGAAAAAGAAAAUACCAAAAGAAGAAGAAAGCGGCAAUGAGGAAGAACAGAGAGAUUUAGAAUUACUUCUAAUGGAUGAAGACCAAGAAGAGAAAAAGCAUUUCAACAUGAGGGAUAUUAUAGAAGAACACAAAGGAAAGUCCAAAAAGAAGUUGAAGAAAAAUGCCAGAAAGAAAAUGGCAAAAAAGCUUGAAGAGAAAGACAGUAAUAAAGAUGAAUUUAAGGUAGACACAGGGGACACAAGAUUUUCAGGAUUGUUCACAUCAGGAGAUUUCAACAUAGAUCCGUCCCAUCCUCAGUUUAAGCGUACCAAGGCAAUUGAUGAACUAAUUAAUAGCGUACAGAAGAAAAGAAUGGCAGAAAACUUUGAAAAUCUACCAGACCCAAAGAGAGUAAACACAGCCAAAGGAAAAGAAGACCAUGAAUUAUCCAUGCUAGUAAAAAGAGUGAAGAACAAAGCGAAGAAGCCAAAGUAACUAGUUUGUUAAUAAGUCUAUAAAUGUUGUUAUCUCUUAUAAAUAUGUUUAUUUAAUAAGUAAAUCUUAGGA